AAUUUGAGGGAGGCCUCGUUUUGAAACCCUCUUAGCUUCUCUUCUCUCAUCUCCCCUAGGGUUUUGGGCUAAACCUUCCUUGUUGCCUCCCUCACCUUUCUCCUUCCCCGCUCUCCAGCUUCAAUGGGCACCGACAAGGAUAACUUCAGCAUGGCAGAUCUCAGCUCUGCUCUUAAUGAGGAGAAUCGAGCGGACCUGGUCAAUGCUCUCAAGAAUAAGAUCCAGAGUCUGGCUGGGCAGCACACAGAUAUUCUCGAGAGUCUGGCGCCUAAUGUCAGGAAGCGUGUUGAGGUUCUUAGAGAGAUCCAGGGUCAACAUGAUGAGUUAGAGGCGAAAUUUUUUGAGGAGAGAGCAGCUCUCGAAGCCAAAUACCAAAAAUUGUAUCAACCAUUGUAUACAAAGCGCUAUGAUAUUGUAAAUGGUGUUGCUGAUGUGGAAGGAGUAGCAAAUGAAACUGCGGCUGAUACAGAAGAGGAGGAUAAAGAAAAAGGCGUGCCUGCUUUCUGGCUCACUGCGAUGAAAAAUAAUGAAGUAUUAGCUGAGGAGAUUUCUGAGCGAGAUGAAGGUGCUCUCAAGUAUCUCAAAGAUAUUAAAUGGAGCAGAAUAGAAAGUCCCAAAGGAUUUAAGCUUGAGUUUUACUUUGAUACUAAUCCUUAUUUUAAGAAUUCUGUCUUGACAAAAACAUAUCAUAUGAUUGAUGAAGAUGAGCCUAUUCUGGAGAAAGCAAUUGGCACGGAAAUUGAAUGGUACCCUGGCAAGUGCUUGACCCAGAAGCUGCUGAAGAAAAAGCCCAAGAAGGGUUCAAAGAAUGCUAAACCAAUUACUAAAACUGAAAAUUGUGAAAGCUUCUUCAAUUUUUUCAGCCCACCACAGGUCCCUGAAGACGAUGAAGACAUUGACGAAGAUUUGGCCGAGGAACUUCAGAACCAGAUGGAACAAGACUAUGAUAUUGGGUCAACAAUAAGAGACAAGAUUAUUCCCCAUGCUGUAUCAUGGUUUACUGGGGAAGCUAUUCAAGGAGAGGAGUUUGGAGACCUAGAGGAUGAUGAAGAUGAAGACAUUGAAGAAGAUGAUGAUGAAGAGGAAGAGGAUGAUGAAGACGACGAAGAUGAUGACGAUGAAGAAGAAGAAGAACAAACCAAGAGCAAAAAGAAGCCAUCAAGCCACAAGAAGAGUGGAAGACCACAGGCUGGAGGACAGCAAGGUGAGCAACCUCCAGAAUGCAAACAGCAGUAGAGGUUAUUUUUUGUCAGCUGAGAUUUGCCAUGUGGAUCUGAUGCUGGUGGUGCUGAAAAUGUGGGUGUCGAGCGGAUUUUGAUGGUACUUCUAUUCAUUUUUCCUAAAUAUUUAUGUCUGAAUGGCUUUGAGAGUUCAUUUCACUUUUUGCCCCUAUCCCCAUGGAGAGAAUUGUGGUAAUAUAUACAUAGUUAGGGAUGUCAUCUGCUAUAUACUGGAAUUUGUAUCUGGGAUGCUUCAGAAAGAUAUUAUUUAUUGUUUUAGUCUUUGCAGCUGUCAGCUGUGCGCU